CGUAAAUAUCCUCUUCAAAAAACCAAACCCAGAGAGAGAUCGAGAGAGACAAAAGUUACAAAAAGAUGAGUACGGCUUACCAAAAGAAGCUCGCGUUUGUGUUUCUUAUCACCAUUGUCGUUUUCUCUGCGAGUUUCAGUACUUGCUACUGCAGAGAAGGCAGGCACUGGAGACAAAGUAAGACUCACCAGCCAUCUGGGGUCGAGAAGAGUGGGAAAACAGGGCAUUCUCACAGCAGACACCACCACCAGCACUACCGCCGCGUUAGGCCAGGGUGGAAUGGAGAGGACUCCUUGGGGACCUAUGACACUGCUGCCACCCUAAUGGAUAGCAAAGCUGGUUCUACUUCUACCACCUUCAAUGUGUUGGACUAUGGUGCUAAAGGUGACGGGAAGGCAGAUGAUACCAAGGCAUUUCAAGCAGCAUGGGCAGCAGCUUGCAAAGUGGCAGCAUCAACACUUGAAGUCCCCUCUGGGUCCGUAUUUCUCGUCAAGCCCAUCUCUUUCUCGGGCCCUAACUGUGAAGCAGACAUUGUUUUCCAGCUUGAUGGCAAGAUAAUUGCUCCUACAACCUCAUCUGAUUGGGGAUCAGGCCUCCUGCAAUGGAUUGAGUUCACAAAGCUAAAAAAGAUAACCAUCAGAGGGAAGGGUAUCGUCGAUGGACACGGCUCUGUGUGGUGGAAUGACAUGACCGAUGAGGUUACAACAGAGGAAUCAGAUUUAGAAACCUCCAUGGCCGAUAAUUCAACUGCUACUACCAAUGAUACAAUGAGCUCUGAGCUGAGCAAAAUGCCAAGUACCAAACCCACUGCAGUCCGGUUUUACGGUAGUAGUGAUGUAACAGUCACCGGCAUAACUAUACAGAACAGCCAACAGACCCACCUGAAGUUCGACGCCUGUACAAAUGUUCAGGUCUCUGGCAUCACUAUUUCUUCCCCAGGAGACAGCCCCAACACGGAUGGGAUCCACCUGCAGAAUUCCCAGGAUGUGGUCAUUUACAAUGCCGAUCUUGCUUGUGGAGAUGACUGUGUCUCUGUACAAACUGGAUGCUCAAACAUAUACAUACAUGAUGUGAAUUGUGGACCAGGACAUGGCAUAAGUAUUGGCGGCCUUGGGAAAGACAAUACCAAAGCUUGUGUCUCAAACAUCACUGUCCGAGACACCACGAUGCAUGGCACGUUAACUGGGGUCAGAAUAAAGACAUGGCAGGGAGGCUCAGGUUCCGUGCAAAACAUCAUGUUCUCCAACAUCCAAGUUUCAGAGGUUAAGACACCCAUAAUGAUAGAUCAAUACUACUGUGACAAAGCAAAGUGCAAAAAUCAAACAUCUGCCGUGGCACUGUCGGGGAUUAACUACAUGAAUAUAAGGGGAACUUACACAUCACAGCCCGUACACUUUGCAUGCAGUGAUAGUUUGCCUUGCGUUGGGGUGUCCCUAACAACCAUAGAACUGAAAUCUGUUCAAGAAAGCAACCACUUGUAUGGUCCCUUCUGCUGGGAGACCUAUGGAGAGUUGAAAACCUCCACCGACCCACCAAUUGACUGUUUGCAGGAAGGCAAGCCAUCAAGCUUCCCGUCUCAGCUAGAUUCCUGCUGAGUUUAGUACAGGAAUCCAUAUAGAUAUACUCUAGUGCUUAAAUUCCCAUUGUAAACGAGAUAAAGUACAUAUAGAGAUAUCUUCUAUAAAGUGGAACUUUUGGAA